GGAAGGGGCGGGCCUGAGGGGCGCGCAGUGUGCUUUUCUGCUGAAUCUUCUUGUUGAUUUCGACAUGGAGGAAAUUUAUGCUAAGUUUGUGUCUCAGAAAAUCAGCAAAACCCGCUGGCGGCCGGUGCCUUCCGGAAGCCUGCAGACCGCAGAGACCUUCGCUACGGGCUCUUGGGACAAUGAGGAAAAUUGCGUUUCACUGUGGUCUAUUGGAGAUUUUGGAAAUUUGGAUUCUGACGGAGGCUUUGAAGGAGACCAUCAAUUACUGUGCGAUAUCAGACAUCAUGGUGAUGUCAUGGAUUUACAGUUUUUUGACCAGGAAAGAAUUGUAGCUGCUUCAUCAACAGGAGGUGUAACAGUGUUCCUUCACCAUCCAAAUAACCAGACUCUGUCAGUCAACCAGCAGUGGCCCGCAGCUCACCACCAUACAGGUCCCAGCAGUCCUUCCUACAGCAGUGCACCGUGUACAGGGAUUGUGUGCGACAACCCAGAAAUCGUUUCUGUUGGAGAAGAUGGGCGAAUCAAUCUCUUCAGAGUUGACCACAAGGAGGCUGUAAGAACUAUAGAUAACGCGGACAGCAGUACACUCCAUGCUGUAACCUUCCUCCGAACUCCUGAGAUUGUUACAGUAAACUCCAUUGGACAGUUAAAAAUAUGGGAUUUCAGACAACAAGGAAGUGAGCCCUGUCAGAUAUUAUCAUUGACUGGUGACCGAGUGCCACUCCACUGUGUUGACAGACAUCCCAACCAGCAGCAUGUUGUAGCUACUGGGGGCCAGGACGGGAUGUUGAGUAUUUGGGAUGUUAGACAAGGCACCAUGCCCGUUUCUUUACUUAAGGCUCAUGAGGCUGAAAUGUGGGAAGUUCACUUCCACCCAUCCAAUCCAGAUCAUCUGUUUACUUGUUCUGAAGAUGGAUCCCUCUGGCACUGGGAUGCCUCCACAAAUGGAUCCGAAAAGUCUUCUCUCUUUCACCAAGGAGGAAGAAGCAGCACUUUCCUGUCUCAUAGCAUAAGUAACCAGGCCACUGUUCACCAGUCUCUAAUAAGUUCCUGGCUCAGCACAGAUCCUGCCAAAGACCGCAUUGAAAUCACAAGCUUGCUUCCCAGCAGAACUCUGUCUGUAAACAGUCUGGAUGUUUUAGGUCCCUGUCUUGUUUGUGGGACUGAUGCAGAAGCCAUUUAUGUUACCAGACAACUAUUUUCAUGAACGUGAAAAAAACCCAAAGUUAUCAAUUCCACUGUGUGCAAAAUCCAAUCUUAAAGAAAUAUGGUAUUUUCAAGGAAACAAAAAACUGUUGUUAACUUCAGUGCCCAGUUUUGGCUUGUUGGCUGACUCUUCCCCCAACACUAUUAGAAUCUGAUCAAUACAAGAGAUCUUCGGAGUGUAGACAUCGGAGGGGUCCGGGCCUGUUCAACACAGGCCUUCAUCUAACUUAACAAUUCUACAAAAAACAACAAUGUAGAAUCCAAGCAGAAUUAUUUGAAUUAAACUAUCUAGCCAACAGAAACAGGCAUACGGAGGGUUGCUAUGCUCAUGGCCAUGUGGGGUUCAGCUAUUUCAAAGGAUGUCAACUGUUGACCCCUCCCCUUGAAAACUAGCUACAUCACAUACCAAGAUUCUCCAGCAUAUCAGUUCUUGCUUACAUAAGCCAAAUUUAUUUCCAAAAAUAAAUUUUUACAUAUCAACACUUGUGAACAAUAUAUUUUCUAGAAUUAUAACUUAAGUUUUAUAAUAGUUUUCUAAUAGCUAAAAAUGUGCUAAUAUAGAAAGUGCUACAAAGGAAUUAUUCUGAUUAUUAAAGGUUGAAAAUAUUUACAAAAUAAUUUCAUAUACUCAUUGCAAAGUCAGUAAUGCUAGUGCUCUCCAACUCCCGGUUGGAGGUCUGUGGUUUGGGUUCUGCAGCCUUUGGUGAGGCAUCCACUCCUUCCCUUGCUUUCCCAAGGAUCUUUCAUGACCCCUCCUCCUUGGCUUGAAGCAGUGACUUAGCUUCCUUCUCAAGCAGCAGCUCCAGCUCCGCGGCUAAUUUUUUUUUUUAAUAGUUGGUUCAAAUCAGCAGACAUGGUUCACUGAAUUUACAUGCCUCUUAAAAUUUUAACUACUUACCAAAGCACAAGGUGGGACAUCGAUAUGCAGGAAGCAUUUAACCACAGAGUAGGCUGAAGGCACACUAAGGAUUUUACCAUGACAACAGAUAUAAAGCAAUGGCAGCAAUCACACUAAACAUUUCCCUGGCCUCCAAAUCUGAUUUUUUUCACAAUCUGAGGUUUUCACAGUUAAACUUUUGGAGACAGUACCCAGUAAUUAAUCUCAGAAAAAAAAAAACAGAGCUGAGCUUUGUGGAGAAGGUCCUGCUAUCUCAGCUACUCUGGAGGCUGAAGCAGAAGGAUCACACGUUUAAAGGCUUGUCUGGGCUACAAAAUGAGUUCAAAGCUAGCCCAAUAGCUUAGUGCGGCCCAGUUUCAAAAUGAAAACUAUGGAAUGUUCUGAGGAUAUAGUUCAGUAGGGCACCUGUAUAGCAUGGUUUGAUUUUUUUUUUUUUUGGCUUAACACACAAAGAUGAUCUGAAAAGAUACUAAUUUCAUGUAUUUCUUAGCGGCAAAACCGGGGAAGGUGUUCAUAUUUACAGGGGGUGAGUAGAAGGAUCAGUGUUGGCAGAAUCUCAGUGCUUGGGAAGGUGGAGAAUCGCGAUUUCCAGUUGCCUAGAGAGUCCCCUACCUGGACCAUAUUCCCGCAAAAAAAGUAUAUUCUAAGACCAAAGUCAAUGAUGCAUCCCGGACAGCAGAAUCAAUUUAAUAAGAAACAACUUCUAACACAGGCCCCGUUACUCCAUUUACGGCUACAAUGACCGAAUUCUACUAAUCCAUAGGUCUAGUUUCAAGAAUACUGCAUCCGGCUGAUUGCAAAACCACG